GCCGCCGCCGCCGCCGCUGCCGGUAUUCGUCGCACCGUCGUCCAACGCUCUAGUCUCAUGCGUUCCACCGGUGAGUUCGCAGCGCACUAGUGUUGUAACGUUUUCUUUUUUUUUUUUCAUUUAUUUUGGCGCGCACCACGUUCUCCACGUGCAUUACGUAACGGCAUCUCGUCUCGUUAUCGUUCACGCAUGUAGUACUCGAAAACCGUCUCUGCACACAACACACGAACGCGGCGUAUAUGUUUUCGUGAUCCGUUUUUUCGAUGAGAGUUUGAUAAUUACAACUGUAUCAGAGUCUAAUAUGUUAUGUCUUUACUAAAGACUCAAUUCGUAGUUGACAACGACUCAAAUUUAGAAGAAAAAUCUUAUCGGGACGACAAUGACAAAUAUUCUAGUUGUAUCCUCAGGCCAAAUUCGCGAUCGACAAUCGAAAAUAGUGAUAUUGAAAGUGACAAACGCGAUUUUAGUCUAAGAGAUACCAUAAUGCCAGAGAAAUUAUUUAAAGUAAUUAUAAUAGGAGAUCCUACUGUAGGCAAGACUGCAUUUGUUAAACGAUAUGUUCAAAAGUCGUACAGUAGAGAGUACAAGGGUACCGUCGGUGUUGAUUUCGCAUUAAAAAUCAUUAAAGUUUCCGAUACGGAAACUAUUAAGUUACAACUAUGGGACAUAGCAGGUCAAGAACGAUUUACAUGGAUGACUCGCGUGUAUUAUAAAGACGCCCAUGGGUGUGUGAUUAUGUUUGAUUUGUCAAAUAAGAAUUCAUUUUUAAAUACUCUUAAAUGGAAAAAAGAUGUUGAUGCCAAAUGCACCCAAUCGGAUGGCAGUCCUAUACCAUGCAUGUUGUUGGGAAAUAAAUGUGAUUUACCUCAGCGGCAAAUCGACCAACUGGACAUUGAAGCGUUCUACAAGGAAAACAAUUUUAUCGGCUGGACAGAAACUUCAGCUAAAGAUGGACUGAUGGUGAAUGAUUCUAUGCAGUUUUUAAUCAACUCAAUGAUGGGCCAGUAUGCUGAUGAAACUGAUCAACCUGAUCUUGUAAAACUAUCGGGUCCUAAUCCUGAAGUCAAGAAAUCUUGUUCAUUUUGUUAGCUAUCAAUCAAGUUUUUAAACGCCACCAGUAUGUGUUUAAAACAAAAAAAAUUAUUUUUGUCAGAUAAUUCAAUAAAUAAUUUGUAAUCGCCAGUUGUUAUUAAACUAAAUAUCAAUAUUUGGAUCGUGUGUAGUGAUUAAUUUUAAGCCUCGAGAUGGUCUGUUCUAUUAGUCUAUUUGUCACAAUAAAAUAUAAAUGUUAUAAUAUAA